CUGCGGACCCGCCCCCGCACACAGUGGUCCGUCGCCCCGGCAGUUUCUCAGCCAGGGCGCGGUCGGAGGAGUGGGGCUCGGUUUGGUGCUCGUGCUCGCGCUCGCGCUCGCGCCUGUUUUAUCGCUUGUUUCCCUCCACCGACCAGCGCACGGGACCCGGUUUUCCAUCGCGCGCACAGCAGCCUAACGCAAUGAGGCGGGCAGCACUGCGGCUUUGUGCCUUGGGCAAGGGGCAGCUUACUCCCGGAAGAGGACUGACUCAAGGACCCCAGAACCCCAAGAAACAGGGAAUCUUCCACAUUCAUGAAGCAUGUUCACCUAUACACAUGAAUCAUGUUCGAGAUAAGUUGCGGGAGAUAGUAGGAGCAUCCACAAACUGGAGUUCUCCUGUAUGUGACCAGUUUCCUAUGGCUGCCACCCCUCAUGCAUCAUGGAUGCUCCCCUCACCUCACUUGGGGUCUGGUACCCCAUACCAGGUCCCCCUUCUUAUUUGUUACAUGCACAACAAAAGCCAUUCAGCCAAGAUGUCUCCUUUAUCGAUAGUUACGGCCCUGGUGGAUAAGAUUGAUAUGUGUAAGAAGAACUUGAGCCCAGAACAGGACAUUAAGUUCAGUGGCCAUGUUAGCUGGGUUGGGAAGACAUCCAUGGAAGUGAAGAUGCAUAUGUUCCAGUUAUAUGGUGAUGAAUUUUGUCCUGUUUUGGAUGCAACGUUUGUAAUGGUGGCUCGUGAUUCUGAAAAUAAAGGGCCGGCAUUUGUAAAUCCACUCAUCCCUGAAAACCCAGAGGAAGAGGAGCUGUUUAGACAAGGAGAAUUGAACAAGGGGAGAAGAAUUGCCUUUAGCUCCACAUCGUUGCUAAAAAUGGCCCCCAGCGCUGAGGAGAGGACCACCAUCCACGAGAUGUUUCUCAGCACACUGGAUCCAAAGACUAUAAGUUUUCGAAGUCGAGUUUUGCCCCCUAACGCAGUGUGGAUGGAGAAUUCAAAACUGAAGAGCUUGGAAAUUUGCCACCCUCAGGAGCGGAACAUUUUCAAUCGGAUCUUUGGUGGUUUCCUUAUGAGGAAAGCAUACGAACUUGCAUGGGCCACUGCUUGUAGCUUUGGUGGUUCUCGACCAUUUGUGGUAGCAGUAGAUGACAUCAUGUUUCAGAAACCCGUUGAGGUUGGCUCCUUGCUCUUUCUUUCCUCGCAGGUAUGCUUUACGCAGAGUAAUUACAUUCAAGUCAGAGUACACAGUGAAGUGGCCUCUCUGCGGGACAAAACUCAUACAACCACCAAUGUCUUCCAUUUCACGUUCAUAUCAGAAAAAGAAGUGCCAUUGGUUUUCCCCAAAACAUAUGGAGAGUCCAUGUUGUACUUAGAUGGGCAGCGGCAUUUCAACUCCAUGAGUGUCCCAGUGACCUUGAGCAAGGACUACUUUUUGGAGCCCAAGGAAAGCAACACUUGUUGAAACUGGCACUCUACCCACAGCGACAUGAUAUCUGAUGAAGACCCGAUCAUAUCUAUUGGUUUUAGUGUUGCUUCUCAUCCUCCAUACAGAAGGAGAAUGGAUUCAGCCUUUAGGAUGAUCAGAACAGAAAGAGAGAGUGGCUGGAUGGGGCUGAGGGGAGAAAGAAUUAUUAAACAAUAAACACUU